AUGGCGGAAUUAUAUGGAUAUAAACGUUAUGAAAAGUCAUUAGGACUACUUACUACCAGAUUUGUAUCGUUGUUACAAAAAGCAAAGGACGGAGUUUUGGAUUUAAAAAUCGCUACAGAUUUAUUGGCUGUUAGACAAAAAAGAAGAAUAUAUGACAUUACGAAUGUAUUGGAAGGCAUAGGCUUAAUAGAGAAGAGUAGUAAAAACAGCAUACAAUGGAAGGGAGCUGGGCCUGAUGGAAACUCAACUGAAGUUGGCAGGAGAGUAAAUUUAUUAAGAAAACAAAUAACUUUAUUAGAGGAACAUGAAGAGUUAUUAGAUAAGCAAAGGCACUGGAUAGAACAAAGUAUUAAAAAUAUUCUAGAUGACCCAGAGAAUGAAGCAUUAACUUUUGUAACAGAAAAUGAUAUUAAAGGAUGCCUAGAUGACAGUCAAAUCUUUGUAUUAGAAGCUCCAUUGGGUACUGAAAUAGCAUUAGGAGCAAUUCCCAAUAAGGAAAAGAAAAAAGAACAGCAUUAUUUUUUACAUGUUAAAUCAAGUGAACCUAUUGGUGCAAUAUUAUUAUGUGACACACAAAAGGAAAAAUCAAUAAGUGAAGAUAGUAUGGAUGAAGAAGUCCAAAGUUACACAGAGAAUGAAGAAAGUAGUAUGUUUCAAGAUCAUGAUUAUCUUUUAAGAUUGAGUCCACCAGUUACAAGACAAGACUUUUAUUUCUCAUUGCAUGAUUCUGAAGGAUUAUGUGACUUAUUCGAUAUUCCUUUU